UGUGCCUGCUGAACAACGAGCAAAGGAUGCUUGCAGAGUUGAUCCUGCUCUCCAAAACCACUAGCAUGCAUGCCAGCUCCAGCCAAUUGCUAACACACAUAACUAGUAGGUUAAGGCUAAUACUACAGGGCAAGGUCCAGCACUAGAGUAAGCUGCCUUGCCGACUCCUGCUGCCAACAUGAGAAACAACCAGACAAGGCAGCUUUGCCAGUCUGAGGGCGAAGCAAGUCAACCGUUCCUUCCGACGAAGCCACGUCUCUUUCCCUUGUCUCAAUGCAAGCUCACUGAUCUCACGAUCUAGAUCUCAACAUAAACAACACACUCGUGCAGACGAGUUGCUGCUGAUAGCCGGGACAUAGCAUUAUGCAAGCUUCAUCAGGCCACAUUCAGAGAUUCCUCUUGCUCUGGACGAACAUACAGAAAGCAUCAUCUUCCCGUGGAGAUCCGAGGCUAUGUCGCAAUAGUAGAGCGCUUCGUUGUCAGCGAGAUUCUUCUUGUCGGGAUGGUCAGCGACGCCAUUGCUUCAGCUUAUUUGGUUAUAUAUACCAGGCAAACCAUAGCCUGGUCGACACCAUUGCAUCUCAGUUUCCCUCCAGUAUUCUUGUCAUCUCCAGUUCCAGCCAUGGCUUCCAUUCUCAGAUCUGAAAGUUUGCCUUCCAGCCUUCGCUCUGACAAAAUCAACAUCGAAGAACAUCUGCAGAGCCUCAAGGCAACCAUCUCCUCCGCUACCAUUGAGACAAUUACCAAUGGUAUCACGAGGCUUGGAGGAGUGUACACCACCAUCGAGGAGAUGAUGUGCUCACCAAGUGGCCAACUCAGCCUUUGCCAGCCGAAGCUGAGGAAAUCGGUGGAGCAAGAGCUUGAGAAGUCCCUCAUCUUGCUUGACCUCUGCAAAGCCAUCCAAGAGAACAUUUCCGAGCUCAAGACAAGCAUCCAAGAGAUGCAGCUGGUCAUCAAGAGAGGAGGUGACUCCGCUCUUCAAGCCAAGUUCCAAUCUUACAUCCGCUUGGCUAAGAAGGUGCAGAAACAGUUCAAGAAGAUCAGCAAGAAGCCUACUUCAGUUGACCUGAGCAGCUGCAGGGUUGUCAAGCAAUUGGCUGAAGCCAGAGAGAUUGCAAUCUCCAUGCUUGAAUCCUUGACGCUUCUCCUAUCGAAGCAAAUUGCGACACCAAGCUCUAGCAGAUGGUCCAUUGUCUCCAAGACUUUCCACAAAAGAAGAUUAACAUGCGAGGAGGAGCAAUUGCAGCAGAUGGAGUUGGUCAUUGUUGAUCUUGAGAGCGGAGUUGAGACUUUGUUCAGGAAAUUGAUCCAGAGCAGAGUUUCUCUCCUCAACACUCUCAGUUUGUAGAUAGACGGUGCACCAACCCCGAUUCCUUGAGAUUGGCAUCCGCCUUUUAGAGGAUCUGCUGAUCAACAUACAAUUUUGUAGUGUAGCAGUAAAUGAGCAA